UGGGCGGGAGGGGGUGGGGGGGGGGGGGGGGGUAGUGGUAUAGGGGGGGGGGGGGCGUGGGGAGGGGGGGGGGGGGGGGGGGGGUGUGGGGGGGGGGGGGGGGGGCGGAGCGGGGGGGGGGGGGGGGGGGGGGGGUGGGGGGGGGGGGGGGGGGGGGGGGGGGGGGGGGGGGGGGGGGGGGGGGGGGCGGGGGGGGGGGGGGUGGUGGGGAUGGGGGGGGGGGGGGGGGGGGGGGGGGGGGGGGGGGGGGGGGGGGGGGAGGGGGGGGGGGGGGGGGGGGGGGGGGGGGGGGGGGGGGGGGGGAGGGGGGGGGGGGGGGGGGGGGGGGGGGGGGGGGGGGGGGGGGGGGGGGGGGGGGGGGGGGGGGGGGGGGGGGGGGGGGGGGGGGGGGGGGGGGGGGGGGGGGGGGGGGGGGGGGGGGGUGGAGAAGACUUUAGUUGUGACACUGUAGACG